UUUAUGCCCUCUCCCCCCUCUCACAGCGGACUGCAUGCAUUGAAACGCACCUUCUCUACCUCUUCCAAUCGCCCAACAACUCCUACUUGCCUUUUUCUUCUCUUUAUACUCUCUGUUCUCCUUCUCAUACAAAUCUGUUUGAAUCUCUCAAAAAUAAGGGCCAACAAAUCAGUCUCUACUGCGAAAACCCUAUUUCCAUCUUCCAACCCUCUUUCCCUGCUUAUUUACACAAUUCCCAUGGAGCCCUUAUAAAUUAGGGUUUCCGAACACCAUUUCUGCAAUCAAAAUCACCACUUCUUGUUCCCCUCUCUUUUGCCCCAAUCUUCUCAUUUCUAGAUUGAGAUUUGCCCCUUUUCGCCUAAUGUGAGCGGGGCAGCGAGCUAGGGUUUCUUUCCUUUUUGCGAUGGGGAGCACUGGCGAGCCGGACCGGAAGCGCCGCCACUUCAGCUCCAUCUCCCCCACGGCUGCUGCUGCUGCGAAGAAGCACCCCCUUCUCCCGUCUUCCGAGGACAAAAAGCUUGAUGCUGCUGUGCUCCAAUAUCAAAAUCAGAAGCUUGUUCAGCAAUUGGAAGCUCAGAAGGCUGAGUUUUCUGCCCUUGAGAAUAAAUUCCAUCGGCUGAAGGAGAAACAACAGACUUAUAAUGACACGUUAAAAGUGGUCAAUAGGUCCUGGGAGCAGCUGGUGGAUGACUUAGAGCUGGAGUCACUUUCUGUUUCCACAAGAGAUUGUGCAAAUGGUGGAAAUGAUGUGAAACAUUCUCAAAAUUUGGAGGAUGGGGUAUCUUCUCCCCCAGAGGAUACUUUUAUGUGCAGACUCCUGCAAACUGGUGCCACUGAUAGUUGCUCUGCAAAUGGUUCCGCUGAUUUAAUGGAAAUUGAUAUACAGACAUCAUGUGCAUCGACCAAAAGCAUCUUACAAAACAUUGUAGUUGCCAUUAAUGACCUGUGGUGUGCAAAUGAUGGUGUGACUGCUCCACUUCUAGCGGUACUACCUGAUGAUGAACCCAGCGGACAAAUAGGAAAGACAGCUAAUGAAUUAGAGAUGGAGGUUAAGAACUUGCGAGUGGCACUAAGUGACCUUCAUUUGAAGCACAGAUCGUUCUCAAAUGAGGUCCAGAGCCAUCGAGACAGUAAUGCAAAGAAUAAAGCUGAGCUUAACCGUUUGGCAGGGGAAUUGGAAGAUACCAUUGCAGAGUUAGAAGAAAGCAACUGUAAACUGGCAGUCCUUAAGGCACAAAGAGAUGCUGCCCAAGGAGCUUGUUUCCCGGUCCUAAAUAUAGGAAACAAACAUGUUGCAGGAGAUAAAGCCAGAGACAAGCAAAAAGACUUGCAAGAUAUGGAGUCCUCACUCAAGGAGUUUUUGAAUUUAUCUUCAAGUCGUCUUCUAGAGCUUAGGAAUUUGCAUGAAGAAAGGAUAGUUAUCUUGAAGCAGUUAGCUAAUUUGCAGAACACUUUGAAGGGUGUGAAACACAUAUCUUCAUCCAAAGCUUACCUCCUGCUAAGUGAUCAGAUCGAAAAAUCAAAAGCAGAAGUGAAUCGGUAUCACUCGUUAUUGGAGAAACAACAGGUUGAGAAGGAUAAUUUUAUCUGGCGGGAAAAAGAAGUGAAUGCAAAAGUUGAUUUAGCUGAAAUUUCUCAAAGAGCUUGUGGGGUUGCUGAGUAUCGAAAAAGUGAACUAGAGAAAGAGAUAAAGAGACAAAUUGAAGAAAGAAAUCUGUUUGAGACUAGGCUAGAAGAGGCUUCAAGAGAACCGGGGAGGAAAGAAAUCAUUGCCGAGUUCAAAGCACUGCUUUCAUCUCUCCCCAAGAAUAUCGAUAUUAUGCAAAGUCAACUGAGUAAAUACAAAGAGGCUGCUUCUGAAGUUCAUUGUCUGCGGGCUGAAGUUCAGUCUUUGUCUAAUAUUCUUGACAGGAAGGCAAAUGGGCUGGAAACUUUAUCUGGUAGAUCUGCUGACCAAGCCGCGGAACUGAAGAAACUGCAGGCUGUGGUCUUGGAUUUGAAGGAGAGUGACCAGGAGCUAAAGCUAAUUCUAGAAAUGUAUAAACGUGAAUCCACUGAUUCCAGGGAUGUGAUCGAGUCUAGGGACUUGGAAUACAAAGCUUGGGCUCACGUUCAAAGUCUUAAAUCUUCUCUUGACGAGCACAAUUUGGAGUUGCGUGUUAAAGCUGCCAAUGAAGCUGAAGCAAUAUGUCAACAGAGGCUAGCUACUGCUGAAGCUGAGAUUGCUGACCUGAGGCAGAAAUUGGAAGCUUCUGGAAGGGAUAUAUGUAAAUUUUCCGAGGUCCUGAAAUCCAAACACGAAGAGGGCGAGGCCUAUUUGUCUGAGAUAGAGUCAAUUGGGCAAGCUUAUGGUGAUAUGCAAACUCAGAACCAACAACUCUUACAACAAAUUACAGAGAGAGAUGACUACAACAUCAAGCUUGUUUUAGAGAGUGUGAAGACAAGACAGCUUCAGGGUACUUUACACAUGGAAAAACGGACCAUGGAAAAGGAGAUGCAGCAUGCCAAUGCAUCUCUUGAUUUCUAUGACAUGAAAGCGGCACAGAUCGAAGAGCAGUUGAAAUUUUGCUCAGAGCAGGUUGGAAAACUUGCAGAGGAUGCCUGGCAAAGUUCACUUGCUUUGGAGAAUACAAAAAAGAGACUGUUGGAGGUACAAGGAGAAUCUCAGCAGCUACGACAAUCACUUGGUGAAUCACAGUCCAAGGUUGAGAGAAGCCGACUGGAUGUUGCAGAGCUGCAGAUAGAAGUAGAGAACGAGAGGUUUAACAAGAAGAGAACCGAAGAGGAACUGGAUGUUGUGACGAGGAAAGCUACACUACUUAGUGCACACACAGAGGGUACAUCAGUGUUAGAAAAGCUUCAAGAAGAAGUCAGAGAAUACAAGGAAAUACUGAAAUGUAGUGUCUGCCAUGACAGACAGAAGGAGGUUGUCAUCACCAAAUGCUACCAUCUAUUCUGCGGUACCUGUGUCCAAAGAAUCCUCGAGAGCCGCCAGCGGAGAUGUCCCAUCUGUGCUGCGAGUUUUGGCCCUAACGAUGUGAAAAACAUCUAUAUAUGAGAAAGCGUUUGUGCUGGCUGUUGCAGAAGAGAAAACCAAUUCAGGCGUCAACCCACCCGAGAAAGAUUUUGGGCCUCUGCAGGUCUCUCGCCUGUUGUAUCACUAUAGGGUCUCCUUUUGUAAUAUAUUUCUACAAGAAUUGGUGGUUUCCUCCGCUUCCCCUCCUUUCCAGAGUAGGUUUCUGUGUACUGCUGUGGACAUGGGGUUUACGGGUAGAUUUUCUUUGCAUGCGGUUCCCUCUGAUGUGUAAAGUCCUGCAUCCAUCCGUCGACUGCUUUGGGGCACUCUCUUUUACCUGAGCCAUUGGAUUAUUAAUUGAUUAACUUGCAGAUCUACUAGAA